AUGGACUUGCUCCACCAUGUGUAUCGACUUUUGCUGAAGGGAGAACUCAAUUGGGCCCCUAUCUCCAAAAAUCCGCGACGGGUCCUAGAUUUGGGCACAGGAACAGGGAUUUGGGCUAUUGAUUUUGCGGAUCAAUAUCCCGAAGCCGAAGUCAUAGCAAAGCUAGGAAAUGACCUGAGUCCGAUUCAGCCUCAGUGGACGCCACCCAAUGUUACAUUUGAAAUCGAUGACUUCGAGGCAGAAUGGCCCUUCAGUCGGCCAUUUGACUAUAUUCAUGGGCGGGAGUUGGCGGGCUCCAUCAAGAACUUUGAUAACUUCUUUGCACAAGCCUAUAAACACCUUGCGCCAGGUGGCUACCUUGAAAUGCAAUCGUUUCGCAUCGAGAUAUUUACGGAUGACAACACACUGGAAAAGGCCACUUACACCACCCAAUGGGUCGCGCUUCUACACGAAGCCAGCGUGAAAUUUGGAAAGCCCAUGACGAACAUGGAUGUGUGGCCCGACAAGAUGACCGCCGCUGGAUUUACGGACAUUACUCUUCGCGUCGUCAAAGUCCCCAUGAAUCCGUGGCCCAAAGACCCAAAACAAAAGGAAAUCGGUCGAUAUAUGCAAGUGGAGCAGGAGCAGGCAGCGCCGGGAUACACCAACGCAUUGUUAAGUAGAAUACUAGGUUGGUCAAAAAAGGAGAUCGAUGUGCUAUUAGCACAUGUUGUUUCUGAACUACGAGACCGGAGUAUUCAUCAAUAUGCGAAGAUGUAUUUGGUAUAUGGUAGGAAACCUGAGUAG